GUUUCAUGGUGUUAGGAGGAAGAAUGAAGCUCUGAAAAUGUCACAUGAAUGUAUGAAGUAUGUAUCUAUUGAUUGACCCUUCACAUAUACAAGCAACGAGGCUCAUGAUGAUGAGAUUGUUCUCAUCCAAGAAGCUCCUUAUACUGAAAGAUAGAUCUAUAGUCAGCAAAUCAAGAAAAGUUUCUCUCAAAUCCAAACACUUUUAUAGCUCUCGAACCACAAAAGAAAGCGAAGACACAGCUAGGGAAAUCGGAAUCAUUCUCAAGCACAAUAAUUGGAAAGUGCUCUUGGAGGCAUCAAAUAUUCCCAACAACCUAAACCCAGAUGUGGUUCGCUAUGUUCUUCACCAAAACCAAAUGGGUGAUCCCAAACGCCUCCUUCAUUUCUUCAACUGGUCGGGCCACCACUUAGGUACACCUCAGAACUUGCAUUCUUUCUCAAUUCUUGCUUUGAUUCUUUGUAAUUCGAAUCUUUUUCCACAUGCCAAUGGUGUAUUAGAGAGAAUGAUCGAAACGCGUAUUCCAAUUUCAGCUGUGUUAGAUUCAAUUUUUGGUUGUUUUAGUGAAUGCAGUGGGUCUAAAUCAAAGUCCGUUGUCUUUGAUAUGUUGAUAAAUGCUUACAAGAAAAAGGGUAUGUUGAAUGAGGCUGUUUCUGUAUUAUUAGCUGCCAAGACUGGUGAUUUUUUACCCAGUUUGGUGUGUUGUAAUUCUUUACUGAAGGACUUGUUGAAGUGCAAUAAUCUGGAGUUGUUUUGGAAGGUGUAUAAGGGAAUGUUGGAAGCUAAAAUAGUUCCUGAUGUCUAUACUUAUACUAAUGUGAUUAUGGCUCAUUGUAAAGCUGGGAAUGUCAAAGAAGGUAAAGGGGUCCUUUUUGAAAUGGAAAACAAAGGAUGUAAUCCGAAUUUGGUUACUUAUAAUGUUGUUAUUAGAGGGUUAUGCAGGGCUGGGCUUGUUGAUGAAGUUUUUCAGCUACAGAAAUCAAUGGCUCAGAAGGGCUUGGUCCCGGAUUGCUAUACUUACACCAUACUAAUAGAUGGGUUAUGCAAACAGAAGAGAUCAAGGGAGGCAAAAUUAAUUUUGGAAGAGAUGUCUAAUGCCAGUCUGAAUUUUGAUCAUGUUGCUUAUACUGCUUUGAUUGAUGGGUUCAUGAAAGAGGGUGACGUAGAAGAGGCUUUUAAAAUCAAGGAUGAAAUGGUAGCUCGUGGAAUUGAGUUAAAUCUCGUGACAUAUAAUUCUAUCAUAAAUGGACUAUGUAAAGUGGGUCAGAUGGAGAAGGCAAAAGAUCUAAUGAAUGAGAUGAUUGCCAUGGGCACAAUACCUGAUUCCCGGACUUAUGUUUCCUUGAUCAAGGGGUAUAUUCGAGAGCUUGAUAUGGUUAAAGCUUGUGAUGUGCUGGUUGAGAUGAAGGGAAGAAAUUUGACACCUUCUGUGUAUACUUUCGGUGUGAUAAUUAAUGGUUUAUGCCGUUCUGGAGAUCUCCAACAGGCAAAUUUUGUUUUAGAGAAAAUGAUAGCAGGAGGUAUUAAACCAAACAAUGUUAUCUACACAACCCUUAUCAAAGGUUACGCCCAAGCCGGUAAAUUUGAUGUGGUGAUUCAAAUUUUGAAGGAAAUGAAGGAGAAUGACAUUUUGCCUGACGUCUUCUGCUAUAAUUCUCUUAUAAUUGGGCUCUGCAAAGCUAAAAUGAUGGACGAAGCCAGGACAUAUCUAAUCGAAAUGGUAAAGGAGGGAUUAAAACCAAAUGCAUAUACUUACGGGACUUUCGUUUCUGCGUAUAGCAACGCAGGGGAAAUGCAGGUCGCAGACAAGUAUUUCAGGGAGAUGGUUGGUUGUGGCAUAGAGCCAAUGAAUUUCAUUUAUACAGCCCUGAUGGAUGGGCACUGCAAGCAGGGGAACAUAACAGAAGCCUUCUCAAUUUUCAGAUCUAUCCUUGGUCGAGGAUUACGCCUUGAUGUGCAAAUUUACAGUGUCCUCAUUCAUGGUCUCUCGAAAAAUGGGAAACUGCAGGAAGCAAUGGAACUUUUUUCUGAACUUCAUGAAAAGGGUUUGGUUCCUGAUGUUUUCACUUACAGCUCUCUAAUUUCUGGCUUCUGUAAGCAAGGCAAUAUUAAAGAGGCUUUCCAACUUCAUGAUCAAAUGUGUCAGAAAGGUAUCAACCCCAACAUUGUCACUUAUAAUGCUUUGAUAGAUGGACUGUGCAAGUCUGGUGAGAUUAAGAGAGCUAGGGAACUGUUUGAUGGAAUCUCCGGAAGCGGUUUGGCUCUCAAUUGCGUGUCUUAUGCUACAAUCAUAAAUGGAUACUGCAAAAGCAAAAAUUUAGCUGAGGCAUUUCUUUUAUUGGAUGAAAUGCCAUCAAUGGGGGUUGCACCAGAUUGUUUUGUGUACAACACCCUCAUCAAUGGUUGUUGCAAAGAAGGAAACACAGAGAAGGCUUUGUCCUUAUUUCAUGAAACAGCGCAGAGAGGCUUUGCAUCUACGCGUACUUUCAACACUUUGAUUGAUGGGUUCUGCAAGUCAGGGAAAAUGAUUGAAGCGUGUGAAUUGGUGAAAGACAUGGUCAGUAAGAAAAUUGUGCCUGAUAAUGUCACCUUUACAAUUUUAAUAGACCAUCACUGCAAGUUGGGGAUGUUGAAAGAAGCAGAACAGCUUUUUCUGGAGAUGCAAAAGAGGAAUUUGAUGCCGACUAUUGUAACUUACACCUCGCUUUUACAUGGGUACAUCACAAAAGGGGAAAGAUCCAAGAUGUUUUCUCUUUUUGAGGAGAUGGUGGCAAGGGGUAUUGAGCCUGAUGAUGUAGUCUGCAGUAUGAUGGUUGGCGCUGACUGCAAAGAACGCAGUUUGGGAACAGCUGUUUAGCUGUGGGAUUUAGUAUUGACAGGGGUGUCUCAAGCUGAAAUCAUUAUAAAGCAAUAGCAAAUGUCCAGAGUAAAAGGCAAAUUUUCCAAAGCGAUGGCAUUGCUUGAUAAAAUGGGACAGUAAGGAUUUAUGCUUCGCAUUGUUACAAGCAGCAAUCUGGUCAAUGGGUUGUACAAAGCAGGGUACGAGGAAAAAGUAGCUGGCGUUCUGAAAAUCGUGGUGAGGUUUGGGUGGGUUCUAAACUCCCGAAGAUUAUGUCACUUAAUUAAUCAACAUCAAAAGGAUGCAAUUCUGAGAACGUUAUCACUCUCUUAAAGGAGGGAGCCAUAAAAGUUACUUACCAGGUGCAAACCUAGCUCAAGAACAGAAUGGCACUUGCUUCACCCUGACACUGAUUUCUACCCGUGGCUUGAUGAAAUCAAAUUCUUCAGCUUGCUGGAGCAAGGUCCUAAAAUGAACUGAAAUGAGAUUACCAAGCUAUGACAACAGCCACGGCUCCGUACCUUGCAAUGGCGUGCCAGGUGCCGUGGAUCAAUGCUAAAAAAGGUAACCAGGGCUGAUUAAUUUGGACUUUGAUUGUACAGGAAAAACAUCAUUGACAUGUUUCUCCAGGGAAUGUUUGUGUUGCCCGCGUCCUGGGUUGGGUUGUCGCAGGUGGGAGGUGGAGGGGUGGGUCUUGAAAAUUAACCACUCCAAUGUGUUCUAUGUAGUCAUUGGAAUGCAUACAUUUUGCUUGAAGUUGUACCGG